UUCCCUCUUUAACUUUGUAUCCUGCAGUGUGCUGCUGUUAUCUAACAGCAGGGAGACAUUAAAGGGUCAUGCCACUCAAUGUCGUGCUGGACGGUCCAGCCCCCUGGGGGUUUCGCCUGACCGGAGGAAAGGACUUCAACCAGCCCCUGACCAUCUCCAGGAUCACUCCCGGCAGUAAGGCAGCCAUAGCCAACUUGUGCGCCGGUGAUGUCAUCUCGGCCAUCGAGGGAGUCCCGGCCGCAGACAUGCUGCACUGUGAGGCGCAGAACAAGAUCAAAGAGUCCUCCCAUCAGCUCAGUCUCACUGUUGAAAGGAAUGAAUCAAGACUGUGGUCACCACGUGUUGUGGAGGACGGUCAAGCUCAUCCAUAUAAAAUGAACUUGGAAGCGGAGAAACAGGAAUUUAAACCUAUUGGCGUUGCUCACAACCGGAAAGCUCAGCCGUUUGUGGCGGCUGCGAACAUCGAUGACACGCAUCAGGUGGUCAGCUCAGCCUACAACACCCCCAUCGGCCUCUACUCCUCAGGCAACAUCGCGGAUGCCAUGGAGGGUCAGAUCCGUGGCCUGGCUGUACCAAAGCCUACAAGCCCCAGGACUUUAACCAGUAUCGAGGAUUCUGAUGUGUACCAGAUGUUGCAGAAAGACCAGGAGGAGCCCCAGGAGCCUCGGCAGUCCGGCUCCUUCAAAGCCCUGCAGGACUUUGUAGACAGUGAUGGCACUCGUCCCAUUGUUACCAGGACAGUGAAAGCCCCCUCAACCAAACCCACUACACCCACAGGAAACCUGCAGAAACUGCCCGUCUGCGACAAGUGUGGGAAUGGGAUUGUUGGGACGGUGGUGAAGGCACGGGACAAAUAUCGUCACCCUGGCUGCUUUGUGUGCUCCGACUGUGACGUCAACCUCAAACAGAAGGGCUAUUUCUUCGUGGAGGGGGAGCUGUACUGUGAGACUCACGCUCGCUCCAGGAUGAGACCACCAGAGGGACACGACCUCAUCACAACCUUCCCCUCUGCAUAGAACAAACCCCUGUAAAGACAGACACUCCUGUGUCCUGCAUCUGUCCUUUGUGUUUAUCUGCACUUGCUAUCUGAUAUUGUCUGUGUGCAAUAAUAUUUCAUAUAUACAGUAUACAUUACGUUCACUUUACUUUCUGACGUAAUAGUAUUAUGUUUUUUUCUGUGUAGGAAUGUUUCACUGGUGAUGGUUGAACAGCCUGGUUGUUUAAUGCUCAGUAUCAGUGACUACAGACACACGUUGAUUUCUUUCUAAUAAAGAUUUCUACUCA